AUGUUCGCUAACCGCAAGUUUGUGGUGAUUUCUCCCCACCCCACGCUGCCAGCGGUUUCCAAAGACGACGUCACCAAUCAUGGCGCCGCCAGUUUCACCCUGGUGGCAAAAACAAAGCCAUUCCUCGAUGCCGACCCAAAUGAACGGCCCGACUAUAUCAUCAGCGACACCAGCGAAUUCUCCGACUACGCCAAGGCUCAGCAGUUCAUGAUCCCCGUGGUCAAACCUCAGUGGGUCCACGACUCCAUCGCCGCAAAUAAGCUCGUGGCGACCAACGCCUAUUCCCCUGACGACCGGCUAAUCUUCAAAGACGUGUACGCGUGUGUUGCCGACACCGUACCGCAGGGAGACAAAGAAGUGCUUUACGGAGCCAUCGUGGCGUUUGGCGGCCAGUACAACGACAUCAUGACCCGCGCCACCACCCAUUUAAUCUCCCCUGACGCCACCAAUGAGAAAUACCUUCUUGCCGCCUCCAGCCGCGACGAUGAAGAUAUCAACAUCAAACCGGUCUCACCGCACUGGAUCAACCGCUGUGUCACCUCUCAAUCACUUGUGGAUGAAACCGACUAUUUAGUAUCCCCUACCUCUAAUGGUAUCCCUGAAGACGAACCGAUGGCUGACGUAUUUGACUUCCCCAGCAGCCACGACGCCGCUGAUACUCCCCCGUUAGCUGAUCUUGAAGGCAAACGAUUCUUUGUGAGUUCUGAUUUCAAUUUAAGCUCUCAACAGGAAGCAGCGGUGACGCGAUUGAUUCAUUACCACGGUGGGAUUGUUUCCCCUCAGUAUAAUCCAGACACGGUCGAUAUCUACUUGGGUAAGUUCCGCCUGGGAGACGACUACGAACGGGCGAAAUUGCUGCCGCGGACCAUCGUCGCCAACUUGGACUGGCUCUACCAUAUUGUCCAGCGCCACUCGUUUGUGUUGCCUCGCAAUGCCAAUAUGCUUUUCUACCCGUUCCCCAACCCUACUCUGAAACUACCGUUGGAGGGAAUGUCAAUUUCCCUUACUAAUUAUUCGGGGAACGCUCGUUUUUACUUGAUAAAGCUUAUCGAGGCUUUGGGAGCUACAUUCACCAAAAACCUCACGCGAGAUAAUGAUAUCUUGGUUUCCAGCAGUGACAGUGGUAAGAAAUACUCCACCGCUAAAUUCAAAUGGCUUUCGGGCGUCGGCGACCCGGUGGUGUCGGUGGUAAACCAUCUCUGGCUCGAGGAGUGCUAUCGUCAACAAAAGCAAGUGGUCUUUCUGGAAAAGUACACCAUUGUCGGAUCUAAUCAGUUACCUCCACCAGGGUUAGCCCGUUUGUUACCGGAACUAUUUGACGGAGUGUCAUCAACUUCAUUAUCACCGGAAAAGGAUGAAAUAGGAUCAGAGCCGGAAGCGGAGGAAUUACACCCGCCGAAAGAUACCCCCACCCAACCCCAGGCGGUCUCUGAAGCCACCCAGUUAUCGGAAACCUCGCCCGAACCCACGCCCCUGAAAUCGUCGGAUGCUGCUGACGUGGCAGUGGUGUCCCCUAAACCAAAGUCACAGGAAAAGCCACCGAAACUGUCGCCUUACAAAUCACAAACGAAACUGUCGCCACAAUCGACCCAGGCCCUGGAAGCGAUGCCUCCUCCUACGAGCAGAGGACGGUCAGCGGCUCGUAAAGCGGCGGAGAAAUUGCAUAACGAUAUGAGUGACUUGAACCAAUUUGAAGCCGCUCGUACCAGUAAACGGAAGAUGAAGGAUUACUUGGAGACCCACGGCCUUAGCCAAGAGCAAGCAGAGCAAGCCGCCGCCCAUACUAAACGUAAACGGGCCGAAACUAAUAAACUGAACGGUCACGAGGGUAGCGUUCCUGUACGCGCUAAGUGUGUGGUUACGGGGUUCAGAGAGUUUUCUCGUGCCGAACUAAGCCUGCUUCUGGAAGUGGGGAUCGUGGUUGUCGGUAAUAAGCUGGGGUCGAUUGACUUCGACGGGGUGGACACGUUAUCUGCUCCCAAAGUGAUGAGAACCGAGAAGUUCCUUCGGGGGCUUGGCCACGUUAAGCGUCUCAUUCAUCCCAGUUUUUUUGAUGAUGUCCUCAAGAGUAUGGCUUCGUAUGAGGCUAUUGACAACUACAGUUUGGAUAAGAAAGUGGGGGCCGCCGAGUUGAACUCCGAGCUCGGGGGCGACAUUGAUCCCAAACACCCCAUUGCCACCCUCAUUUCCCGUCGUCCUAGAGAUGGUGUGUUCGCUGGUACCUCGUUAAACCUUUCCCAUAACUUGAACGGUGGCGUUGACCUUAUUGCCCGAGUGCUUCAUGAUCACGGCAUGGAAGCUCACCAAGUGGCGAAGGGAGCGAGCGUCAAAAGCCCUUGCCAGUUCCGCAAAACGGGAAAUGAUCCUGACGUGGUAUACAUAUGCCAUGCCUCGAAAGACCAGAAACUUGUCAAGGCGAUCAAGGCGAAGAUCGACGCUGGCAACAACUGGGCCGUGGUCGAGUGGGAUUGGUGUGUCCAGUGCAUUUUCCACAUGCAGAUGUUGCCUCUUGACGGCUUUAGUCUAGUAUAA